AUGGCGACGCCGGCGCCGGCGCCCUCCCUCCGCCUCCUCCUGCUGCUGCUACCGCUGCUAGCCGUCGCCGGCGCGUUGUCUCACCCAGCGCACGAGUUCUGCGCGGUCGGGGGUGACGCCGCCGGCUGCGGCGGCGGAGGGGACGGCACGAGGAUCCUGAUCAAGGGAGGGACGGUGGUGAACGCGCACCGCGCGGAGGAGGCCGACGUCUACAUCGAGGAUGGCGUCGUCGUCGCCGUCCGCCCAAACAUCCCGGUUGGUGCUGAUAAUGUCCGAGUAAUCGACGCAACAGGAAAAUAUGUCAUGCCAGGUGGAAUUGACCCUCACACGCACCUGGAGAUGGAGUUCAUGGGCACCGUGACCAUAGAUGACUUCUUCAGCGGCCAUGCUGCGGCGCUGGCUGGUGGGACGACGAUGCAUAUUGACUUUGUCAUUCCUGUGAACGGCAACUUGACUGCAGGCUUGGAGUCCUACAAGCACAAGGCAGCAAAAGCUGCCAUGGAUUAUGGCUUUCACAUGGCCAUUACAAAGUGGAAUGAUGAGGUUGCAAGGGAAAUGGAAGUGAUGGUUAAGGAACAUGGAAUAAAUUCUUUCAAGUUUUUCAUGGCAUAUAAAGGCUCCUUGAUGGUCACCGAUGACCUCCUCCUGCAAGGCCUACAGAAAUGCAAGUCGCUUGGUGCCCUUGCUAUGGUUCAUGCAGAGAAUGGGGAUGCUGUUGCCGAGGGACAACAGCGGAUGAUUGACCUUGGGAUAACUGGUCCAGAAGGGCAUGCUCUCUCAAGACCUCCAAUUUUAGAAGGAGAAGCAACUGCACGGGCAAUCCGUUUAGCAAAGUUCAUCAAUACGCCACUGUACGUUGUUCAUGUGAUGAGCAUCGACGCGAUGGAUGAGAUUGCCAAGGCUAAAAGAGAAGGGCAGAGAGUCAUUGGUGAACCUGUGGUUUCUGGACUAGUGCUUGAUGAUUCUUGGCUUUGGGAUCCUGACUUCACAAUUGCUUCAAAGUAUGUGAUGAGUCCUCCAAUCCGGGAAGCAGGGCAUGGUAAAGCACUCCAAGCUGCUCUUUCAUCGGGAAUUUUACAGCUUGUAGGUACUGAUCACUGCACAUUCAACUCCACACAGAAAGCUUUUGGUUCUGAUGAUUUUCGGAAGAUCCCCAAUGGUGUAAAUGGUCUUGAGGAACGGAUGCAUAUAAUUUGGGACAGCAUGGUGGAGACUGGCAAGAUUUCUGUAACCGACUAUGUCAGAGUGACAAGCACAGAAUGUGCCAAGAUCUUCAACAUAUUCCCUCGGAAAGGAGCAAUCCUGGAAGGAUCUGACGCAGAUAUCAUAAUCCUGAAUCCUGAAAGGAGUUUUGUGAUGGGUGCUCACACACACCAUUCGAGGUCCAACACUAAUGUCUACGAGGGCAGGAAAGGAAAGGGAAUGGUGGAAAUCACAAUCUCAAGGGGCCGAGUGGUAUGGGAGGAUGGCAUUCUGAACCUUGCACCUGGUUCAGGAAGAUACGUCAUGAUGCCACCUUUCGGCUACAUCUUUGAUGGGAUUGAGAAGUCCGACGCCAUCUACAGAGCUUCCCUCCGAGCCCCUGUACAGCGUGGUAAAGCUGGUGCAUAG